CAAUACGCGCGUGCAGAAAAUUUAUAUAUAUAUAUAAAUAAAAAUGGGAUAAAAAAAAAAAAAAAUUAUCCGACUGGGACGUAGGCGUCGUUGUCGUGUGCAGAUUCGUUCGGGCCGGCCGGGCAGGGGCGGUGAAGGUUGCCGAACGGAGGCGACAGUGGCCGCUGUCACGGUUCGCCGGGCGGCGACGGUGACGAUGCCUUUGGAAGGAGAAGUCGAGGCCGCACCGGAGGUUUCUUUCUCUCGCGGCGGCUGUGCUCGAUGACUGCAACAAUAAUAACCAGCGGCACACGACGCGGUGCAGCUCUACCGUUGUUGUCGUUGUUCGCGUUCACGUCGUCCCGUCCGCAGUUCUACGCAGUUUUUCGCGUUUCCCGUCGCCGUGCGUCUACGGCGGGAUCACUGUCCGCGUACCGAAACGGUGUCCCCGCGGGCGACGCGAGCCUUUUCGCACGUUAUUUUUUCGGACACGCGUCGCGCCGUUUUUUUCCUCCCCUCGACCGGAUCGUUCCUUCCGCGAGUGACCGCGCAACAUACGGCGGAAACCACAUUACGGUACGUGUUGACGUGCGGAUAGUUCGUGCCGGUAGCGCCGUCAACAGCCGUACGCCAUCACAGAGACGUAACAUAUGUUCGGUGCGGCGACACGCCGGCGUCUCGUCACACGGCCAUCGAUGGCCGCCGCUACGCCGUGCUGUCGCGUGAAAAACGAUUUCGGUUAAUCCGCCGUAACAAUACUCGACGACAUGGCUGCAGCCGUAGCGACCGUGGCCACACCGACGGCCGACAACCGGUGCGUCGGCGGCGGCGGCGCCGGUGAAACGUCCGCCGCGAUGAUGCAGCCGCAAGUCGUGCCGCUGCCAUCCAGUGCCAUACCGGCGCUCAAGUCUUCGGCGGUGGCGUCUUCGGGGCGGCGGAAACGUGGCGACAAGAAGGUGGUUUCGCGGAGCUCGACCAGCAGCUGUUCGUCGUCGUCGUCAUCGUCUUCGGACGAGGACGAGAAUGGCGACGGCGGCCACGGGAACGUGGUCACGACACCGCCGAUGGCCGUCAAGCGUCUCAAAGACCUGCAGCAGCACCUGGUCGAUCUGGACGAUUUGGAACUGUUGGACAGGCACCUGACGGCCACCGACGGCUUGUCCGACCAGGUCACCGUGGACGCGGACAACGCGGCCGGUAUGGCCUCCGAGCUCAGGCAGAAGAACAAGGACCUGGUGUUGGCCGCCCGUUUGGGCAAGGCGCUGUUGGCCAAAAAUGACGAACUCUCACUGAUGAACGAACGGCUGGCCGAGGAAUACGGUGACAAGCUCGAGGAAAUCGAACAGGACCGACAUCGGUUACGCAGACAGUUGGCUCAGGCCCGAGCUGAAUGCGAGCAACGGUGUCACGAACUACAGGCCGAUCUCAAAGACCUGCAAGCAGUUCUCGACAGCCGAGAACGUCAGCUCCGCGAAGCUGACAAACAGAAACGGGCUGUGGUGCGAGAGCUAACGGACCAAAAUGGCAGGUUGCAGUCGCACAUCAGAGAGUUAUCCCAAGCAGAAGCAGAACUUCGACACAAGUGUCGUCUGCUGGAGGACACGCAACAGUCACAGCAUACCAGUGGUAAGUGGAACGGCGUCGGAGGAACCGGAUCGCCCGCGUCCAUCACUAACGGCGGGUCUACGACCGACUAUGGGUCGCUCACUCCCGACGACUAUCGGAGCUUGGAUGUGUUGCGUGACGAGAUCGAUAUGAAAGCAGCCGAGAAACAACGGUUGCAGAAAAGGAUGACCGAGUUACGGGCCGAUCGGGAUCGGUUAGCCGAACUUCUAGAGCUGAAAGAUCGCCAGCUGGCCGAGUGUCGGGCUGAGGCGACGCAUUAUGAGCACAGGUCAGCCAUGUUGGCCAAGCAGCUGGACGACGCACUUUGCUCGAGCGGCACCGGCGACUGGAGAGGACGAGCUGGUAAAUGCGCAUCGUGCCAUGCGUCCGGAGGAACGGUCAGGGCCACGACGUCCCGGACGGACGGCACCGAGUCGCAGCCCAUGUCGCUGUUGGCCGAACUGGAACAGGCCGAGGCGGCCCAUUCUCAGGCGUCCGGAGCAUCGCCGGAGAUGGUCGACGUGGACCUGACCGAGCACCGGACGAACGGUCUCGCUCAACUGGAAGUGGACGUCGAACGGUGGGCUGUGCGACUGUGCGACGUGCUGGAGCGUCAGAGGCACGUGGAAGCGGGCUCGCAGCCGCUGGAGCUGUCGGCGGACACCCGGUACCGUUUGCUGAAGCUGAUCAGCAGUGGCGACGACGGCAAGCCCGCUGGUUCCACCGACCUAGCGGAGCUGGUCCGCAACCGAGACGGCCGAGUAGCCGAACUCACGUGCGAGUUGUCGGUGAGGGACGCGGAGCUGCAGGCGGCCCGCGAGGAACGGGAUAUCGCGGUGCGCGACAAAAUGGACGCCAUGCGAAUCCAAUGCGUGCGGUGCAGUGACGGAGCCGAAGCGAACGGGGCGAACGCCGACGGGUGCGGCGCGGACGAGAAGAACGCGUCGCUGAUCCCGGAACUGCUGAGGAAGGCGUGGGAACAGCGGGACGGCGCGGUGAGGCGGAAGAACGCGGUGCAGGUGCAGUUGGCCCGGACCCGGGUGGACGUGUUGCAGGCCAACGGUCAGCUGAUGGAGGCCAUCGGUCAGAAGGUGGAGCUGAGCCAGCAGCUGGAACAGUGGCAGAUGGACAUGCAAGCGCUACUGGACGAGCAGAUGCGCAGAAAGCUUUUGGCUCCGCCGGCGCACGGGACGGGUGCCGGCGCGCUGGAAUACGGCGGGGGCGGAGGGAACCAGCAAAAGUGCUCCGGCGGAACGGCGACAAACGGCGGUGGAUUCCCGUCCAUGACGGCUUCGAGUUUGGGAAGUCUCGGGUCGUCGGGUCUGAUGAACUCGCUGCUGAUGAUCGCCGGCGGCGGGGGGAACUCGAACAGAUGAGACGAGUCGGCGACACGCGGCAAAAGUCCACGAGAAUCGUUCGCGUUAAGUUUGUUUUUGGUCCGUUUCGUUUUUAUGUAAAACAAGUCCAAACGAAUCGGUAAUCCUUCGCGAGAUCCCGGGUAUGCAAUACGUACCGACGUUUUUAUUUUUUAUUCUUUUGUUUUUAUCGAAAGUUGUUUUUUUUUUUUUUUUUUCAUUCCGUGUCCAAUUAUAUGAACUCCGUAAUUGUCCAACGCAAGACACCGUAAUAUCAUAAGCAAUCUUACGCAAUACACGGGGCUAAUAGUUGGUAAUCGGACGAGAAACGUGCACGACGGAUAAUGUACGUGUGAUUUAUUGUUGAAAACUGUACGCAUGAAAGCGAUGCAGUGCUGAUUUUAUCGUACGGGAUCUUAAUGAUAUUUAUACAUGUAUUUCGUUAUUCCGUUGCGCGACAAAGACGAGUACAAAAUAGUUAUAUAGCGUAUAAGAGUUACCUCACACUUGCACACUUGCAAUAUUGAAUAUUGAUAUGUUCGAAGCAGAGAAGUCAUAGGAUUUGUCCAAUUUAUAGCUUAAGAUGGUUAUUGCCGUUCGUCCGAAGGUUUGGACAUUUUAACUUCGGUUGCCGGGCACAUAUUUCACGAUCUAGGUUAAAUUAUCUUGUUCAAUUGUUGUACGCAUAACACUUUUGUGCAAUUAUUUGUUUAGAAACCGACAAACAAUGCUGUUGGUUUAUGAAUGGACAGACACUCGUUCACUGUGAGAUUUCUAAAUUAUCAAGUCUUAAACAGACAUGUCGGAUUUUAUUUUAAAAACUCCUACUUGUAAUUACUUGAGCAUAAAUACAAACAUUUUCCAUAGGUAUUUGUAGGGUGGCCAGAUAUAAAACUAAAAAAAUGCGGGACCAUGAUAAAGGUUAAUUUUUUUAUUAUGCAUAACAGAAUAAACAUUUAUUUUUAAUGAAAUACCAAAAUACUUUAUGUCUUAAUAGUCAUUGGUAAACUAAAUAAUGAAAUUUUCAUCAGUGUUUUUUUUGCAUAUUUUUCACUUUCUCUUAAAACAGUUUUAACAUGUUCUAUUGAUUCACUUAAAUCGCAUUUUGCUGACUGCAAUACCUUACAUAAUGGUAAAAUUAUUGACAGGUGUUGUCGCAGUUAUCAUACUUAUAAUAAAUCCACUAGUUGUUACAAACUUACAUAACUGUAAAGCUUUAGAUUAUUUUUCAAUGUCUACAAAUAAUUGUAAUUAUUCUAUUGUUGCUACAAUAGGUUUAUAUAUUUCUAAAAAUCUUAACAUACCAUCUUGAUUUUCAACGCAUCUAGGCUUACACAUGGAAGUUAAUUUAGUCCAUUUAGUUUGAGGUAUAAAUUCUUAUUUUUUAAAAAUUUCAAAACGAUUUUUAAAUUCGGAGUGUCUCCAUUAAUAUCUACAAUUUGAAAAUAUAAGUAUAUUUUUCAUUUUAAAAUUUCAUGUGUUAAAAGAUUCAACCUUUUGAUUUUUUUGAUAAUUUAUUAAGAAUGGUUAUUCGACGUGUGUGUUGAAAGAGUAAUAAAUUUACAUUUAGACAAUUCAUUUUUUAACAUUUCGUUGGCAUAUGGAAAUGUCUUUUAUUUUUUAUUAUUUAUGUUGUUUCUGUUUUGCCACAAGACAACUUUUUAUUGAAUAAUUUCCUAAUAAGUUUGAGAUGUACAUUCUAUUGAUCUUGUACUAUGAUCAUGUUUACAAAUAUAAUAUACAAAAACACUGUCAUAGACAACUAAAUUAUUUUGGUUUUCGUUAAAAGCUUUUGUACUAAAAAAAAAUCGCUUAUUUUUUGGGAUUUAUGUGCAUUACCGUCUAAUUUAUGUUGAUUUGUUUUGAGUUGGUUGAUAUCUGAUUAAUCACCGUGAUCCAUACUAAAAAUACAACCACAUACACUACAUUCCACCUUAUAUUCCUGGCCCAUUUUUCGACAUUUUUUUUAUUAAGUUAUGAAUUCAUUAUGUAAAUUUUCGUUAAAAGCACACUUUAUUUUAGUCAUAAAUAUUAUUUUUACUAUUAAUUUAACUAUUAUCUCUUACAGUAGGUAUGGUAGACAAUAGAUAUUAAGAUAUACAAAGCAUACGAAAACAGAAAUAUUUACAUUUUACGCAUGAAACACCGAGUGCUAACUAGUAACUAACGAAAUUACUGUCAUAACUAGGGAAAUCGUGUACCUAUAUACAAACAAUUAUAUACGUAUAAUUGAUUGUGCUAUAAUGUUAUAUCUUAUGCCGGUCAAUCCUGACGACGUGAUCAUCGUCAUCUCUAUGCGAGCCGUGACCCAUUUCGAUAAAAAAAAACUUUAUACUCGAAUAAUCAAAUUCGAUACAUACAAAUCGGUUACCAUAAUAACAUGAUAAAAUUCGUAUCAUUUUGCAAAUAGCUAUACUUUAAUUGACAUUUAAUGCGGAGAGAUGAAAAUUUAAUUUUUUAUUUUACGUCAUUUUCUAUACAUAUUUUUAAACACAUUCAUAUCGUAAUUAAACACAUUAAAAAAACGGGAUAAUUUAGUAUCCCGGAAGUUAGUCAGGACAACAGGACUGACAUUUAAAAUACGGUACUUUCUCGUGUAAUACGGGAUGUCUGGUCACCCUAGGUAUUUGUUUCAUAUUGUGAUGCAGACAUUAUAGUACCUCACAAUAACGUCAGUCUUAAUUUGUCUAAUAAUAAUUAAAAUAAUCGUUUUACUGUAGAUUCGUGUUUAAAUAGUCAAAUUUAUAUUACUUUUUUUCGAAAUAUUUUUAUCAUUUAGUUUUAUGUAUAACAUGAUACGUUUUGGUUUGGUCAUAUAUUUUCGUUGAAAGUAGAUAAUAGUUGUUUUAUCUUUUUAAAUAAUGUGAACCUCGUGAAAACUUUUGAUUUUC